AGAAAACGUAUCUGGUUGAAAUUGCAAGUCACUUGCCAUUGUUAAUGUAGAAAGCUGUUAAAUUAUUUUAAGGAAGAAAACCGAACAUAAACACUGUGUGGGUGGGCAAGUGGUAAUUUCUCAUUGUCUGCUCGCUUGGUUCAUCGUUAUUGUCUGCUGGCUUGAUAGUGCUUAUUGACUGUUGGUCAUUUCUUCACUUAUGACUUAGGCAACUAUACUAUCGUGGCUGGAUUGGUUUGGGAGGAAAUGUAGAGAUAAGAUAACCAUAUUGUAAGCUUGUAACUAGAGAGAUGGCAAAUAUUAAUAGUAAAGAAGACAAACCAUGUACUAUAGAAGAAUUAAUGGCAAUUAUAACAGCUCCAACCGGGGGAUUUGUCAUGCUGCCAAAUACAGAUUGUGAUGAAGUAUUUCCAGGAAUUAUUCUUGGAGAUGGCACUGUAGCCAAAAGUCCCGGAACUUUAAAGAAACAUGGUAUUACACACAUUGUAAAUACAGCUCUGGGAAAGACAAAAUACCACGUUAACUCAAACCACGUUAUGUACAGAAAAUAUGAUAUAAUUUUCAAAGGCAUUGAAGCUACAGAUCACAUGAGCUUUGACUUAACACCAUUUUUUGAUUCCUGUGCUGAAUUUAUACAUGAAGCACUUAAAAAUAAUGGGAAAGUAUAUGUUCAUUGUGUUCAAGGAGUGAGUCGAUCAGCCACUAUAACUAUCGCCUAUUUAAUGAUAAAACAACACAUGACUGUAAGAGAUGCCUUACGAUUGGUCAGAAGUAAAAGAGAAGUGUGUCCAAAUGAUGGAUUCUUAGAACAGUUGUGUAAGCUCAAUACCAAGUUGACUAUGAAUGGGCAUUUUAAAAAGUAGAAAAUAGUUAUAUAGCAGUUUUAAAAAAAGGGGAAUGUUUUAGGAAUGUUGUUUAAUAGAGUUGUGAAAGAGGAUUGUAAUUUGAAAUAUUGUGCUAAUGAUUGAACAUAUCAAACACUUACAUCAGUGCUUUUUUGAAAAUACGCUAAUACUAUGUACACCAUACCAUAUACUUGUAAGGCACUGAAUUAUAAAGAUCAAUAUGAUCUGGUAACCCACAAUAAUAUAUUUAAACUGUGACUUCCAAUUACCGUAAAUACGUUAUUAUUAUACAUGUAGGCCUACUGUACACAGCACGAAAUAGCCUACCAAGCCAGUUACAUUAUUUAGAUCAAUGUAUAUUGCGUACAAUUACACUGGUAACCCACAUUAAUAUAUAUAUUAUAACCAGAGACUUCCAGAUAUACUAUUUAUAACUAGUUUUAUUUUUGUAUGUUUUUUGAAAAUCUCCAUUAAUGUUUGUUUGUCCGUUUGUGUGUUCAGGGUUGGUGGCGACACUAGGUCUGUCCCGAGGCAGAAAUUUGGUGUAUUGGGGUAGCUCAAACCAAGUAGUAACAUAGACCUGGUGGCGAUGGACUACCACUUCUGGAAUAUUAUUAUAUAUAAUGUAUAAAUAGUCAUAUACAGAGAAAAUACAUGUACCAGUCAUAAUCUUAUGUAUAUUGUAUACAAUUAUACUGUAACCCACAAUAAUAUGGUAACCAGAGACUUGCAGAUAUACUAUUUAGAACUAGUUUUAUUUGGGUGUGUUUUUUUAAAAAAAUAAACAGUGCAUGUUGGGUUUUUUUUGUUUAUUUGGUUGUUUUGGGGUUUUUUUUAUUUUAUUAUAAGUGAAAUUGUUACAUUUUACUGUACAAUUAUACAGAUAGGAACACAGAAAGUGUAGUGGGUGCUGGAAGUCGGCUUUAAUUUUGUUUCACAUUAACAUUUAUUUGAUCUGUUCGCUAAUCCGAUGGACUAAAAUUUAGUGAAUAACCAAGGCUACUAUCUUUGCUUCCACAUCUUGAUUGUGUUCAACUCCAUUGCAUUCCAUUAUUUUCAUAAAGGUAUGAGAUAAUUUAUUACAGAUUUGUUACUUUCAACUUCAUGUAUAUCUCAAAAUAAGCUUACCCAUCUCCAAGAAUAAUUCCUGGAAAUACAUGUCGUAAGCUGGUUUUAUGUUUGGCCUUAAGAUGGAGCCAAAACUCUGUAGUCAAUCCGUAAUCCAUCAAAUGAUCUCAUAAUGGCUGCUUUUCGGCCAGUCUUGUUUAUCCUUGGCCUUGAGCUGUUUCUGUGGCUGUAGAAUAUGUCAGUUACUUUCACCGUCUGUAUAAUUAGACUACACCACACUACAAGAUAUUGGCAAAACUGAAAGGACGAUUGGAGAUAACAUGGACGAAAUAAAUGAUGGUCACCAUUUCAACACAACAGAGUUUAUGAAAUAUUUGGUUAAAAACCUCCAAGUUCUCUGUCAUGGUCAUGUUCCCUUUACCCAGAAUUUAGAGGUUAUAGGUCAUAUCUAUAUCAAAGUAGACUGUUCUGCGAAAUUCAACUGUUUUUUGAACGAGGUGGUGUCGAAGACAGAUUCUUGCGAGACUUUGUUUACCAGUAACAGUUUUCAAGCACAAUCUCAAACAAAAAAUAACAAUAGAACAGUUAUUAACAAUUUGAAAACCGAUGUUGAAAAGCGUUUUAAAGACAGUCCAUCUGCCACAGAAUGCCGUUCAACAAAGGAAUACGUAUGCAUGCCAGUAUUAUUAACAGACGAAACAGCGGGACACCCUUCAGUAUCGCCAAAAGAAAAUACGUGUUUAUUGGAGGAAAAUGCUCAAAAUACAUCGAAAAUGUCACCUGCAGAAAAUACCUUGAAUUUAGAGACGGCAAAAACGUGCAAUUCAUUACCAUCAACAAUCACGUGUAGAUCCUCGUCAGAUAACGGAAAUGUAUGUAAUUCGCCCUCAUUGGGCCUAACAAAUGAAACUACCCAUAUUUCGCCACUGCCAACUGAAGCAAAUAUAUCGAAUCCAACACGAUAUGGGAAUAUUUGGAAUUCAUUGUCAAUUGUGAACUCGUCUCCAUCGACCCAAGACGAUAACAAGGAGUCGUGGGAUCCGUCUGUGGUAACCACGCAAAAUACACCUAGUUCAUCUUCGUGGUCGUUGUCUAAGAAAGGCAUGGUCGGAACUAUUAAAGAAGAUGACGUACAGUAUACACCACCAACAACAAAAGAAAAUACGCUAACUAUGCCAACUGAUAGUAGUGUCAUGCAGAACUCGUCUAUUUACGAUGAUUUUUCUCCUAAGAUAAUCGAUAUACGGUCAGCUGGUCAAAAUUCGGACAAAGACACUGCCAUUAGUAUUACAGAUUUACAAACAACUGGUAUACUUUCUAAAAAUCCCAAACAUUGUACCUUUGUAAUUAAAAAUGGCCCGCUUUUAGAAACUAAUUUAUCCCCAUUAAAUACAUGGAAUAAUUCCACCCCUUCUGUAUUGAAUUCUCCUUCGACAGCCCAGGUAAAUUCUUGCAAUGUAUCAUCAUCUGGGAGCAACCGGUUAUCAUCAUCAGAGGAACACAUGCAUACUUCAUCUACACUAACAAAAGAAAUUAUCCCAGAUGUUGAGGAUAUUAAGAUAAACAAUGCAAAUAAAUGGAAUGUUAUUACCUCCUCAGGCUAUGAACAAAUCUCGCCUAAAAUAGUCGAUAUCAGAUCAGACCUUCCGAAUGACGCUAACUCACUAAACAUUCCUUAUGAUUUAGACAAAGGAUAUGCCCCAGUUAUUAAUGUAAUUGAACAUAAUGUAUCGAGUUCAGCUAAUCGGGGUGAAGAAGACCCAAAAACGACUUCACAUUCCCCAGUGCCGUUGCAUACCGCAGCCAGUGAAAGCUUAAGAUGUUUGAGGUCUAGUCACAAACAAACAGUUGACAGACCAAAUAAAAUGAAAUCUCCUGGAAGGACUGGAAUUAUACCUAAUUAUAAUAGCCCCGUCACGAGUGAAAAAUCACGGUGUUCAGUAAAAGAUGAAUCCGACAAAUCGCUCAAUAAUAACUCAACGGUUGUUAAAUUUGCAAAAUCAGAUGAUCCAAUAUUACAAUAUAAAAAGGAAUUCAAAACAGAAACAAUCCAGACUUCAGAUUCUGCUAAUGAUGAUAUAGUUGAACAAACAUUGAGUGAUUCUAUCAACUUAAAACACAACAUUGAAGCACUCCAUUAUACAGAAGGACAAACAUUGAGUGAUUCAAUCAACUUAUUACACAACAUUGAAACACUCCACAAAGCUGAAGAACAUGCAUUAAGUGGUUCAAUCAACCUAUUACACAAGAUUAAACCUGAGGAAUAUACAUUGAGUGAUUCAAUCAACUUAUUACACAACGUUGAAACACCUCACGAUACUGAAGAACAAACAUUGAGUGAUUCAAUUAACUUAUUACACAACAUUGAAACACCUCACGAUACUGAAGAAGAAACAUUGAGUGAUUCAAUUAACUUACACAACAUUGAAACACCUCACGAAGCUGAAGAACAAACACUGGGUGAUUCAAUAAGCUCACGUCACAUCACUGAAACACCUCGCGAAGCUGGAGAACAUACAUUGAGUGAUUCAAUCAACUUAGUACACAACACUGAAACACCCUACGAAACUGAUGAGCAUACAUUGAGUGAUUCAAUCAAUUUGUUACACAAAAUUGGAACACCUCACAAAGCUAAUGAACAUACAUUUGGAGAUUUAAUCAACUUAAUACACAACACUGAAACACCUCACGAAGCUGAAGAGCAUACAUUGAGCGAUUCAACCAAUUUAUUACACAACAUUGAAACACUUCACGAAGUUGAAGAAUCUUCAAAUAUUAUCCAAGAAAAUAUUAAUAAACUGGACAGAAUAUCUAAAGAAUUAUCUUUUAUCCAUGAUGAUGAUGACAGUGUGGAUGACCCUUGUUAUAAAGCAACUACAAGUUCGGAUGAAUAUUGUGAUAGUGACGAUUCCCAGAUAAAUCGCUUAACCAGAAAACGUAAGCGGUUAUCAAAGCCAACCAAUGGCAAGGCACUCCUGUCACAAAACAAGAAAAUGAAAGCGAGAAACCGGAUGCCGGCUUCCAAUCGAAAAGCCAUGGCGGAGUCAUCGACUAUACCUACUGUCCAAUCUGCUACGGAAUCGAUUAAAGAUGGCCCGGUCAUACCAACGGAAACUUGCUCGAAAACCCCUGUGUCUGAGAAUUCAGUAAAAUCCAUUCCGAAAAAGAGCUCGACCAAAACCAAAAGAAAGAAAAAGAUGGCAUUCCAUGAAACACCCGAUACUGAUACUCGCCGAUAUGCUUCCAUAAACAAUGGCCACCGUGCUUCAUAUUGCGCUAGUGAUAAGCUAAAGAUAAUACUGUAUGCCGAUUUCCAUGGUAACCGAGCAGCGGGAAGGAAAUAUGGCAUAGCGGAAAGUAAUGUCAGACGAUGGAAACAAGCAAGAGAAGAAUUGCUAGCCAUGGGUCCUAAUAAGUUAUCUAACAGACGAUGUCCCCCUUAUUACCCUACUAUUGAAAAACAGCUAGCUGAAUGGGUACAGAGUAAACAGGAAUCGGGUGUUUACCCCUCAAUAUCUGAGAUAUGUUCAAAUGCCUUAGUGAUAGCUGAAGGUCAAAAUUGUGGGAGAGGACCUUUUAAGGCCUCUUACAGUUGGGCAACAAGAUUUUUGGACCGUCAUAAACUCCGUAAGAACAUUCGUAGAUAUAAGAAAAUAUCACAGGACUCCGCGAACGAUGGCGAGGAGGAGGAUCUGGGUAACGCUACGGAGGAUCUGAAUGACUCGUUCUAUGGAGAUGAAGAUUUAGAAGCCAGCAUGAAAGAAAUUAUGAAAAUAUUGAACGAUGACGACGAGGAUGUAGAAUUUGAUGGAUUUACUGAAGAAGACUUGUCAUAGUGAGCUGGAUGCCUUUGAGUGUGGGUACUAGUUCACGUUAUGAUUUGUGGAGCAUACUAGUCUAAUAAUUUCUAUUUUUAAACUUAGAAUUCAAAAUAAAAAGUAUUUUUGAA